CCGACAGCCUCCGACCGCCGCCCGCCGCCGCCGCCAACUCCGCUGGUUCCACAGCCCCACUCGCCGCGCACACCCUUCGCUCCCCGGUUCGCCCGAAUCGCCUCCACCGCACCAUGUGGGCCGUUUGUUUGAGAUUGCUUCUCCUGACAGCAGUAUGCCUAUGUGUAAUCACGCAUGCCCAAAGGGACAUUUUCCAUGCCCAAACGGAUAUCUUCCAAGUCCCAAAGAGAGGAAAUGAAGUCAGACUAUGUGGGCGAUACCUCUCUAACAUGCUCCAUGUAGUAUGCAAUGGUUUAUAUAAUCCAAUGUUUAAGAAAGCUGAGAAAGAGCCAGAGCCCGAAUUCUGGUUGAAUGAACCUGCAUCUGUUGAAGAGCAGCUCCCCUACCCCCUGAAAUCCCUUCCAAAAGCGUCUUCAUUUCUUCGUAGUUCAAAUCGCCAAAAGAGACAGGGUAUUUAUGAUGAAUGCUGUCGGAAGUCAUGUGCAAUCGCAGAACUCAGAAGCUACUGUGCUGGUUCAUAAAUAUUCACCAUUCUCAACAUCAUUCACUCCUUGCUAAGCUAAAUUAACCGACUGACAACAUUCAUCACAAAUCUACCUUCUUCAUUACAUGUGCUUUCAAAGUCAAGUGUUUGCAGAAAUUUCAAAUUGGCAACAUUUAUAUGAUCAUUCACAAAUCAAUAAAAAAAAUUGAAACAUCUGAAUGAAUUAUUGUUUUUCCUGUUAUAGGGUGGUAACUCAUUUCUUCUCCAAGUGUAUAAAUUAAAAAGAUUUUCUCACACUGAAACUAGAAUUUUUAUAAUUCAUGUGCCAUGAAGAAAUCAAUAAAAAUUAUCAAAUGUGUCCAGAAAAACAUCAAUAGUUAUUGAAUUAUUUGAAUACUAGAGUUUGUACCACACCCAAUUAAAGCAAUCAAGUAACUUAAGAAAUAGAGAUAAGUAUUUUAAAACAAUUUUUUCAAUAACUAGCCAUAACAAAUAAUGUCAAAAAGCAAGACCGUAACAAUACUUCUGACUAUUCCAAAAUAACAAGGUAGUCUGCAAAAAACUGCAUUCACCAGCAUAUCACUCACAAAUUAAUUUAAAUGACAAAACGAUUGUAGAAGGUUGUCUCGAAACUAUACACUUGUAGAACAUAUGAGAAGUGAAUAUAAAAAAUUGAAUAUUUUGCAAAAGCACGUAGUAAUUUUGUACUUACAAGGUAAAAGCCACAUCAAAUUUUCAUAAUUUUACAGGAGGCAGUGUAAAGAGUGUUGUCAUCUAAAUGAAACUGGACAUAAUAUAAUUUUAACUGUCUUAACAUAAUGUCUUUUGGACAUUUUUUAAUUUAUCUCAGAAAAGAAAUGAUACUGGAAAAAUUUUGUUAAAAUUUACCAACAAAAAUAGACAAAGUGACAUUUACCACCCCAAGGUAAAGAAUUAAUGCCCAAAAUACACUAUGACCAAAAAACUAUUCAGCUCAUACCUACUUAUGAUGCAAUAAUGUGAAAAAACAAAUGUAUUUGAUAUCCUUUCAUUUAUAAUUAAUUUUAUCCACUUUGGUUAUCUAAAGUCAAACUACACAAAACUAAGAUCAGUUCUGAAAAACAAUUUCCAUAAUCCACUUUUAUCAACAAUCAGAUUUAUAACAAAAAGGAAAAGUGUCCACAUAAGUAUUUUAAUAUUUCAUAGUUCCUCUUAACUACAUCUACAAUGGUCCACUAUAUUUCACAAGAUCAAUAGUCAAAUUUAAACAAAACUUAUAGAUGACUGAAACUUAUACAAAGCUGAUAAAACAUUGCAUGAUAAUUUGUACUGUAACAUCUGAUGACACUUUUU